AUGGCGAUGGAAGAAAGUGCGCAUUCGUCGUUGUUGGACGAGUUGGAAUUCCCAGACUUCUUCAUGUUUUCAAGCAUCGAGGUAAGAGUAUGGCAAAUUCGAUAUCGAACAUUUUUUGAAACUUGGCGUGUUAUUUGUUCUAGAAUACCUCCGGAUGUGGUUCGAUUGGGCGACAUCCAUCUGGAAUUGACUACCGACGAUCGCUACGCACAGCAGCUCAAGGUCAAACGGAUAAUUUCGCAUCCUGAUCGUAAACCACCUCGAAAGUACAAUGAUUUAGCGCUGGUGGAGUUGGAGAAAAAAGUUGAGAUUACUCCCGGGGUAUGUCCGGCAUGUAUCUGGUCCAAAGAAGUGUAUCCAUACGAUUGGUUCGAGGUAGCUGGAUUCGGGUACACAGAAUAUGGUGUACCAAGCAGUUCUAAUCUAUUGAAAGCACGGCUCACCUUAGUAAAUACAACCGAAUGUGCGUCGGCUUAUCCAGCAGACCGAGGACUUCCCGAUGGAAUCCGCGCUGAUCAGUUGUGUGCUACGAGUCCUCAUAGCGAUACCUGUCAGGGUGACUCGGGUGGACCACUGCAGACAUCAUUGUACAGUUAUCAGCAUAUUGCCCAUUUUUUAAUCGGUGUUACUUCAUUUGGAAGGUUCUGUGGUCAUGGAUCCUACGGAGUGUAUCAAAAAAUUGAACCGCAUCUCAAUUGGAUCAGAUCUGUUGUAAGAGAUACACUAGAUCCAUUAGAAUGCAUACAGAAAUAUAAAGACUACGUGGAGCCAAUGCAAAUGCCAGGCGAAACAGAAGUUGUUGAUCCGUACUUUAGUAGAGUUUACCUGCACUGGAAGGAUUCUAAAACAGAUAUUCUAUGUGGAGGCACUCUUGUAGAUUACAAUGUAGUUAUAACAUCGGCACGCUGUACCUUCAACUCACGAGAGGAAUCACCAACUAGAAUUUCCAUCAUAGAUCGAUGGGCAAAGAUAGUAGAAAUAGAAAGACAUCCCGGAUUCCAGCAAGGAUCUUACUAUAACGAUGUGGCUCUUAUCCGCCUUGAUCGGUACAUAGUGCCAGCGGAAUGGAUUGUUCCCGUAUGUCUUCCGUAUACUAGCGCUUUGCGAGGCUACCAAAUAGCACCGGAGACAUUCUCUUGUAGAACCCCAAAGGCACCAUAUCCACAAAAAUUGCAAAUCUACCUUCCUUCGAAGUCCCGUUGCGAUGAUCAGGCUAUAGCCAACGACAUAGAAUAUUCUUCCAAAUUUCCGCAAGGACUAGGGAAUGCGAUGAGUUGCAUCGGCACAGACUAUCGCAUGGUUCCCAAUCUGGUCGAAGUUGAUCAAGGUGGUCCCCUAUUGAGCCGUGACGAAACGAUCAUAUUUGGGGUGAAUGCUUACGGGACGGAUUGCGGGUCGUAUAAUCCGUUGAUUACGACCAAUGUAGCACCGUUGAUCCCAUGGAUAGAACAGUUUGUAUUCAAACAAAACGUCGAAAUAUCCAAACCUCAAGAAGGAACGCUGAUUUACGUCGAUAAGACGCUUUACAUAGGAAGUACGUGCAGUACCAAGGAUGGAAAACAGGGAUCUUGCGCGCUGACUAGAAACUGUAUCGAUGAGCUUACACGGUACAAAAAACGUGAAGUAGAACCUGCAAUUUGCGGUUUUGUGAACGAGAGGGUUGUUAUAUGUUGUCCGUGAUGAUGUACUGUGAGUGUGACUGAACAAUGUUUUAU